CUCCUAUUUUUUCCUAAUCUAUAUCUAUCUACCAACGCGUCUUACAGGUUGUUUUUAAAGGAAAUGCAAAUGAAAAAGCUUAUUUUCCCUGUUGGCUUCGUUGUCCCUUUUGGCCUUUCUGUAUUUGCGUAAAAUUCAAGUACUCCUCUUUUCACUCUUGCACUCAAAAAGCUUAUUCUGGAACCACACACAACACAGUGUGUGUGUAUAGUCAUUACUUUGUGGUUGACCAUGCUUAAAUGGGUAAUACAAAUUGCACUUGAGCUGGGAAUUCAUCUGUUUCCACUGUAAGGGCUUGCCAACCUGCAGCAAAUAAGAUUGCAUGGGUUGGUUUACCAAGUUGCUUAAGGGUUCCAACCAUAAAUCUUCAAGUCGACGAUAUCAUGGAUAUGAAGAUGACAGAGAUUCGAAUAAUGAUGAUUUGACGGAUAUUGAGAGAGAAGAAAUUGAUCGUGCCAUCGCACUCUCUCUUUCAGAGGAAGAUCAUAAAGGGAAAAAAGUUAUUGAGGAUGAUUCUCAAUCUGAAGAUGAUGAAGAACUCUGUCAACUUGAUGAUGAGGAAGAUUGCGAUGUUCAAAAAGAUGACGAGGACCAUCUUGCGAAAAAUCAAGAGGACGAUGAAGAUACAUGUCUCACCGAAGUUCAACUUGAGGAAGAUGAACAACUUGCUAGGGCAAUUCAAGAAAGUUUGAGCAUUGGUUCUCCUCCUCGAUCCAGCACCGACUCUUUUUUCCAACCUUUUCCACACCUCUUUCCACCUAUAUACAGAAUCUGUGCUGGCUGCAAUGCUGAGAUUGGCCAUGCAAGAUUUUUGACUAGCAUGGGAGGUGUCUGGCAUCCAGAAUGUUUCUGUUGCCAUGCUUGCAAUCUGCCAAUCACUGAUCAUGAGUUUUCGUUGUCAGGAAAUCGCCGUUACCAUAAAUCUUGCUAUAAGGAGCUGCAUCACCCAAGGUGUGAUGUUUGCAUGAACUUUAUCCCACCAAAUUCAGCUGGCCUCAUUGAGUAUAGAGCACAUCCUUUCUGGACACAAAAAUAUUGUCCCUCGCAUGAACGUGAUGGGACUCCUCGAUGUUGUAGCUGUCAAAGAAUGGAGUCAAGGGACACAAAAUAUCUAUUGCUUGAUGAUGGUCGCAAGCUGUGCCUAGAGUGUCUAGACUCAGCUAUUAUGGAUACUCAUGAAUGCCAACCUCUCUAUCUUGAACUACAAGAUUUCUAUGAAGGUUUGAAUAUGAAAAUAGAGCAGCAAGUUCCUAUGCUUUUGGUCGAGAGACAAGCACUGAAUGAAGCCAUGGAAGGAGAAAAGAAUGGUCAUCACCACUUACCUGAAACUAGAGGACUUUGCUUAUCAGAAGAGCACACUAUCUCCACUAUUUUAAGGAGACCAAGGAUAGGAGCAGGUUAUCAGAUCAUAGAUAUGAUAACUGAACCUUUUAGGCUGAUCCGUCGCAGUGAAGUAACAGCCAUACUUGUUUUGUAUGGCCUUCCAAGGUUAUUGACAGGAUUAAUCCUGACUCACGAAAUGAUGCAUGCUUGGCUUAGGCUUAAAGGUUAUGGCAAUCUGAGUCCUGAAGUUGAAGAAGGAAUUUGCCAAGUCUUGGCUCAUAUGUGGCUAGAUUCAGAAAUAUAUUCUGUCUCUGGAACUGAUCCUGCAUCGUCCUCUUCUUCUUCCUCUUCAUCAUCAUCCUCAUCAUCACCUUCCUCCUUGUCAUCAUCAAAGAAGGGCAAACGGUCCGACUUUGAGAAGAAACUUGGUGAGUUUUUUAAACACCAGAUUGAGACAGAUAGCUCAUCAGCUUAUGGAGAUGGAUUUAGAAUGGGUAACCAGGCUGUGCUCAAGUAUGGACUUAGAAGGACCCUUGACCAUAUCCGAAUGACUGGAACUUUUCCAUAAUGAAAUGAUGAUAUGAUUUCUUUACCUUUACAUCAACCAAUAUUUCAGCUUUUGGCAUAUAAAUCAUAUUGUAGAAUCCAAAGAUACCAAAAUUACAUAAUUCAACUCUACUAUACUCAGCAUAAGGAAUGAUUGCUGCAAUUUUUUUAUUUUGGGAGAAAUGAGCAGUUAGUGUAUACUCUGGUUUCUAUAUGUAUCACAAAAUACCUUCCAGCAGUUGAAGGUACCAAACAGAUGGCGCAAUUACAAUACAUAAUGAAUUUUGUACAUUUAUGCAUUUGGUGGAUAUUUAAUUUUUUUCCAGUCCUACUCCUUAGGAUAUUCCCCCUAGUUGGAGGCUGCAAUUGAGAAAGCUGGUAUAACAGUAUUUUUAUGACUUCUAACGGUUGAAACAUGUAAUUUAAGUGACUGUUUGUUUGAGUCACCAAAAGGUCUUUUGUGUAAACAAUAUUGUAGUAGAAUGAAUUUUAUCAUAGCAAUUUGUCUA